AUGUUGGACUCAAAGACAAAGGAGGUGUGUCGUAUUUGUGCACGAGAGCUGUGUGGUAACCAGCGGCGAUGGAUCUUUCAUCCAGCAUCCAAGCUCAGCCUACAAGUCCUGCUGUCCCAUGCCCUCGGACGCGAGAUGACCCGCGACGGUCGUGGAGAGUUCGCUUGCAGCAAGUGUGCCUUCAUGUUGGACCGCAUGUACCGUUUUGACACUGUGAUCGCCCGCGUGGAGGCACUGUCCAUUGAGAGGCUGCAGAAACUCCUCCAGGAGAAGGACAGACUGCGACAGUGCAUUGGUGGACUGUACCGCAAAAACAAUGCAGACGAGGGUGUGUUGGCCUCUUCAGGGGCUUCAGAUAGUCCCGUAGUGGAUAUCUCUGCCUUGUCCGAGGCGAAGUACAGUGCCCUUCUCCAGGAAGACUUUGCCUACUCUGGAUAUGAAUCUUGGGCUGAGCAAGACUCCCAGGAAAUGACUGUGGAGUCCCAGCAUCACCACCACCACCACCACUGCCAAGUAGGUUCAGAGGUCACCAUAGGUCAGCGCUCAAGAAAGUGCAGGGGCUGUGCAGCCUUAAGGGUGGCUGACUCAGAUUAUGAGGCGGUCUGUAAAGUUCCCAGGAAAGUGGGCCGAAGCACUUCCUGUGGACCCUCUACCCGAUACUCUGGCAGUGUUUUAGGGAGCACAGAGGAGCCUUGUGCAGGGGCAGCCCCGCCACCACCAGAUCCUGAGCACCAGCCUCCUGCCACUGUCCUAAGAAGCAAUGAACCAGGACAUACAAGUCUGAGCCCAGCCUCAUCCGUGGAGUCUCUGGACACGGCCAUAGACGUGAGCCAACCUGCUGCUGCUACCGGUGGGCAUCCAGAAGGUGAAGAGGAGGUAGAUGAUCUGCAGAGGGUUGCAGACUCUGUUUUGGAGUUGAGCUCUAGGCCUGGUUCAAUGUGUAGUCUCGACCUUACCUUCAGCCUGCUUAAAAGCUUCAAAUAUCGGCCAAUCAGGAGACUGCAGGGCAGCCGUAUCCCUUUACCGGUCAAACCAAGUACCACAUCAUUGGAGGCAGACAGUGGAUCUGCUCAGACUCUCCUGCAGAACCCCCACGCUGCAAUGGUUUGUCCUGUGUCCCUUCAUCUGGCAGACAUGGUCUCACACAGUGUCCAGCAGGAUCUACAGCUGGACUUUGCCGAAAUGGAGGACCUAUGGCUGGAUGAUUACGUGCAGUGUGGCCCCAUGUACCGACAGAAGAACCUGAUUGAAGAGCAGCAGUCCCAGUUAGUCCAGUAUGAGAAUGCAGCUGGUCAAUGUGUGAGUGAGCUCCAGAAGGCCCAGAUGCAGGUCCAGUCUCUGCAGGCCAAGAUCCGAGAGAGUGAGGCCAGCAGCAAGAAGUUGCAGCAGAGGCUGGGUGAGAUGGAAUGUGACCUUCGCUCUCUCCAAGAGGUGGCAAAAGGGCAAGAGAGAACCAUCCAGACACUGAACGACUCACUCAAUACCAAGGACAAGGAGGUCUCAGACCUUCAUAGGCUCACUGAGGAGCAGAGAGAGCUACUGUGUUCUCUAAAACAGCAAAACAGUCUAAAGCAGCUGCAGGUGUCUGGGGCGGAACCGUCCCGUCUACAGGCAGAAGUUUUGGAGCUCCAGGCCUCCUUGUUCUCUGCGCAGCUGGAACUGCAGGGUUGCCAGCGAGUUCAGUGCCAGAGCCAGAGAAGAGAGGAGGACCUCAUCCGUGCCAACCAGCGCCUCCAAACCGAUCUGCAGGAGAUGCUGCAGCAUCGCCAAGAGGCGGAGAAACACAAUCAUGAUCUGGUCACCGCUCUGCAGAAAGCACAUUCUGACUUGCAGCAGAUGGAAGAGAAAUGGAAGGAGAGCGAGGAAGAGAGGGAGAGAGAGAGGGAGAACAGAGAGAAGACUAUCCGAGAGCUCCGAACCUCCCUGCAAAACAAAGAGCGGCUGAUACAGGACUACAGUGAACUGCUAGAUGCCCAGAGGGAACCCACUGCCAACAGAGACACUCUGAUCCUCAAACUAAAGCAACGCAUCCAAGAGAGAGACCGUGCCCUGGAGCGCGCCGUGGACGAAAAGUUUGAGUGUAUGGAGCAGAGGGAUGCCGAGUUACGCCGACUGCAGCUAUUAGUCCGAGAGAAGGACCGAGACCUGGAGAAACUACGCUGUGUCCUGUCCAACAACGAGGAGACCAUCACGAGUUUGGAGGUGCUGGUGCGAGGUAAAGGUCUGGAGCUGGAGCAGGUGUGUGAAGCUUGGCAUAAUACACAGCGUCUCCAGCGCGAGAGAGAGGAGAUGCACACGCGGAGCCUACGAGAGAGAGACACACUCAUCAGUCAGCUACAGACCUCACUGCAGACGCAAAGCAAAGAGGCUGAGGAGCUACGGGGAGCUGUGCUGAGGAAGGUCUCUGUGGCCUCCAGCGGCGAGGUGGAGGAGUUGAGGUCUCGUGUGCAGCUGAAGGAGCGUCUCUUUCAGGAGCUGCUGGCAGACCGCAACAGGCAGGCAAAGGAGCAUCACGCAGAGGUCCAGGACCUGCUCAAUGCAGUCAGUGCCAGAGACCAGUACAUCAAGGACUCUGCAAGGCGUAUGGGUGAGGUGAUGAGUGAGCAGUCGACUCGAGUGCAGGAGCUGCGCAGACAGCUGGCUACCGCAGAGAGUCUGCAAGGUACGGCACUGCCUCCCACAGAUACGCAGGUCAUGUGUGAUGAGCUCCAGCUGGCCCUACACAAAGAGAGGGAGGCACAGGCUGAACUGUCCGCUUUGCGGUGCACCUUGGCCAGCCACAGGGAUCAAAUCCAGUCCCAGGCUUUACAACUGGAGGCCUUGACCAGGACUAUAGAUGUCAAAGCAGACGUAAUCAAGGACCUUCAGAUGCAGUUGGUGGAGCCAUCUGAUCUGCCCCUGUUAGAGAGGCUGACUCAGGAGCUACAGGACCUGAAAGAAAGCAGGGCGCAUCAGGACCGCACCAGCACAAACGACCAGAGCACCACGGAGCUGCUAGUUUCUAUGGAAACACGACAGAGUAAUUUUGGAGAUCUCACUUCCAAUGAGGAGGAAGAUGAGUGCAACAGUGAGUUUAGAGACAGUACUGAGGAAGAGGAGAACUCUGAACUGACUGCUCGCUCCUUGGCCACCAUGCAGAGUGCUGACCAGCGUACUGAACGUGUGAAAGGGAAGCCGUCUCAGGAUGGCGUUGGGGAGGGCCAGGGUCUGGUGGAGGUGAAGCUGCUGGUGGAGCAGAAGAGAGCAGUGGAGAGAGAGCUGGGCGAGCUCAAAGCCCAGCUGGAGAAGGCCGGCUUCUCCUCUCUCUCCCAAAUGAGGAAAGCGCUCUUCAGCCUUCGCUCAGAGAACGAGGUGCUGCUGGGCCUGGUGAAGAGCACCCAGUGUGAAAAACAUGGACAGGAUAUCACCGAGGAGGAGGAGGAGGAGGAGAGAGAGGACGCAGAGGAGACUGUGGUUGAUGUGGAGCGUUGCCGACCUGACGACGAGCUCUGUGUGUCCGUGGGUAAACGAUGUGCCUCUGGCACUCAAACACAACACAGUCGGGGCAAAAGGAGAUGCACCAGGCCUCUCUCCCUGGAUCUGGGAACGCUGCUCUCCCAGUCCACACAGGAGGAUGAGCCGAGCGCACCUUUGCCUGGGCCGGUGCCACUGAGUCCCGUUGAGGCAGGACUGAGGGAGCGGACAGUGCGUCUGGCGUCAGACCUAGAGCAGAUUCAGCAGGAGAGCAAAGAGCUACAGGAGAGACUCAUGGUGUCUGAGGCCACCGUGCAAGCCCAGGCUGAACAAAUCAAAGACUACAGAGAGCUACUGACUGAGACGUCUGUGCAGCAGGACAGCAAGCAGGUCCAGGUGGACCUCCAGGAUCUGGGUUAUGAGACGUGUGGUCGAAGUGAGAACGAGGCAGAAAGAGAAGACACCAGCAGCCCAGAAUUCGACGAUCUUGAGAUGUGCACCUCUCUGUCCCGCUACGACGGCGGCUCUGAGUGGUGGAGUGGAUCUGGAGUGGAGGAUUGUGGGAAGGUGAAGGAGACCGACGUCGCGCUCCUGAAGCAGCUGGUGGAGGACUUGCGUGCUCAGCUCUCCCGCUCGCAAACGGUCAUCCGUGGACUCCAAUCCCGUGUCCGCACGCUGUCCGUCAACAACGGAGACCGCAUCCCCGCCACGCCCCGGAAGGUGAACUGGGGCGAGGAGGUAUCACCGGCUCAGAGCGGAGCGGAGGAAGACGAGGGCUGGCAGUCGUCAGACGGCUUUGGCUCCCUGCCUCGCCCGUCGCGGGCGGACAAAGAACUUCAGGAGCUGAUGUCACGGGUGGCGUCGCUCGAGGAUGAGCUGAGGAAGGGCAAAAAGCAAACAGUGGACAGCAAAACAACCAACUGGUCUGGUAAGUUUGACACACUGAUCCAGGCUCAAGCGCGAGAGCUGUCUAACCUGAGACAGCGGAUGCGCGAGGGCCGUGGUGUUUGUCACAUCCUGACGCAGCACCUGGGUGACACCACCAAGACUUUUGAGGAGCUGCUGCGUGCCAAUGAUAUCGACUACUACAUGGGCCAGAGCUUCAGAGAGCAGCUGGCCCAGAGCACUGCCCUGGCACAGAGAAUCAGCACCAAGAUCAGUGGACGAGAUCAGUCUGAUGUCCUGGAUGAUAAGACUGGCCAUGAACUUCUCGCAAUCCGGCUUAGUAAGGAGCUCCAGCAGAAAGACAAACUCAUAGAGUCGCUUCGGUCCAAACUUGACAAGCAGCAAGAGCUUCGCCCGGAUACACCUGCCAGCAGCCAUGCUCUCUCUGUGGUCACCGACCAAUCAGACAGGACCUCCUUUGUGUCAGAUGAGCCGGGCUCCACCAAUGAGGAUCUGGACUUGUGUUCAGAGUUUGAUGUGGCUAGCGAGUAUGGCCAGGAGGAAGCAACUAGAAGAAGUGUAACAGAUUCUCAGUGUCACAGGGGUUCCACCCCAUGCCAUCCAACCAACCCUCCAUCCAUUUCCUCUUCUCACAGCCACCAGUCCUCCAACACCUGUCCCAGCAUGCACGGCACACCACUCAAGCCAAUGGACAUUCACGCUCAGACAGGCUACAGUGGUUCUCAGGUCAAACCUCUCCCAGGUUUUCCUCUGGGCGCCCACCCCCAGUCAGACCUGUCCGGCUUCCACCCACUUUCCCAUCAUGCUUUUCACUCAUCGCCACUCGGCAGGAUCAAUGCUAGCCCUGUCCUGCAGACGGGGCCAGGGCUACUGGAGAGUAGUGCAUUGUGGGAUAUGAGUUAUGGAGCUCGACCAAUAAGAGCGGGUGUUUGCGGUGACAUUUCCUCCGGCUCCUCAGGAUAUCAGUCUGCCAAUGGCCACACAGGCUCAGACUUGAUGGAGGAGCACCUGAGGGAAAUCCGUAGCCUACGCCAGCGUCUGGAAGACUCCAUCCGUACCAACGACCGUUUGAGGCAGCAGCUGGAGGAGAAGCUGGCCACCACAGGACAGGACAGAGGAGGUGCACCCACUAACAUAUACAUCCAGGGCCUGGACUCAGUCAGUCAGCUAUCCAACGAGCUUCGAGCAGUGAAAGAGGAGAAUCUCGCCUUACAAAUGCAACUCAAACAGGCCAGCAGAGACAGCAGUAAAGAGGCGGAGCAUCUGCGGGAGGCGGUACUGUCUGGACGCGGUCGAUUGAAGCAGGCGGAGCUGGAGGUGGAGCAGUGGGCGGAGAAAUGUAGGAGGCUGCAGGCUGAAAUGAGAGCGCAGACUCAGGCAAUGCUGCAGCUUAAACAGGAGAAACAGAGCAGCCAGGAGAGCGCCAACAGACUCCAGCAUGAGGUAAAUAUGCUACAGCAGCAGCUGAGUGAGAGUCAGCGGCUUGUCCACACUCUGCAGUGUGAACUACAGACACUACAGAGAGUGUACGAGGCAUCCAGGAGCACACACACAGGUCCUCAGAUUGACGAGGGGAAAUUCUCCUUUGACCUGCAGGAGCUGCAGACGGACAUGCGCAGCCUGCAUGCCCAGCUGGAGCGGCAGCUGAGUGACAGAUUAGACCCGGGCGGGUCACGCCCACCAACCAAGAGACAGCUCUUCCAUGAUCCAUCUCCUUCUCCCCCUGUGAGAGACAUCGGCCCUCUCAGCCCUUCAUCUCCUCCCACAGAGCAGGAGGAACCAGACUCAAACACAAAUGACCCUGCUCAGUCAUGUCGGGGUCUGGGGGGAGAGGCGCCCGACAAUUCAUUCGCCUGUCGUAACGGACGGCACGUGGUCGGCCACGUAGACGACUACAGCUCCCUACAGCAACAGCUGCUGGAGGCCAAAGUCCUCAUCCGCAAGAUGGAAGCUGCCCUCCAAACCAGCUCUGAGCACAGCCUGCAGGAGGGCUGUGUGAGGAACCUGCUAACCAGCACUAAAACACUACGGCAGAUACUGGAAGAGUUAGGAUCUCUCCUGCGAAUGUUCUGGAGGGCAGCACUGCCUAGCACCGAGGCCUCUGCCCAGCCAAUGAAAAAGGAGCAGUCUCUGAAGGAGGAGGUCAUCUCUCUCAGGCAGAGGGUCACAGAGCAGGAGCAGGCACUCAGGGAGGCUAUGGAGAGUCUAAGGAGCUCCAACCGUACCAAAGACAGCAUGGAGCAUUUCAUCGUCAGCCAACUCUCCAGAACACGUGAUGUCUUGAAAAAGGCUCGCACCAAUCUAGAGCUGAAGGCCCAGGAUGCUCCCCCCUGCGUAGCGCCUCUCCUGGUUGGGGUCUCCUGACCCCCUGGACUUCGAAUUUGAUGUGAGCUGCCAUGAUCUCCAGGCCAGCACAGGCCCAUCUCAGGAUUCCCCAUCCCUGUAUCCCUGCCAGCAUGGAACAAUGUCUCCUGUAGAGAUAGGGAAAUAGAGAAAAACACCAACUUGCUCCUUAAAAAGCACCUUAUGACGAGGGCUCUGCAUUGAGAUAUUAGCCCAUGCUGAGGAUACCAGGCCUAUAGUUAGUAGAGUUGAAGAUGACCUGUAGCAUGUAGCAUAGGUAGCUGUCACUGUGGUUCUGGCGGCUCAAACUGAUUUGUGAUCAGUUUGAUGUUGCCAGUGAUGUCUCAUGGACCCAGAGUAAUCAUUUGUGCUUUGUAGAAUAUUACAGGUACAAAUGCUUGUGGUCUCAAAAAGUCAGGCUAUUUUUUAUUAGUCUGUAGCCAAGCUGAUUGGAUGACCAUAUAGAGUAGAUGUUCAAGUCAAUGAAAGUACACUGCUUAAGCCAGAGGGAGUGUUUUAGAAAACCUUGUAUCUACGUUUGCUAUGUCUGAGAAUAUAAUUUUGCUGUUUUUGCUGAAGAAACUUUUGAAAGGUUUCUGAUACAGGUUUGUCGUCAGGAUUUGUAACUAUGGUUACCUCUUCCUGGUCGAGGCCCGGUGGUGUUUAGGUACACACACAGAAUAAAAAACCAGCAGCACUGAGCAUGUGCAGUGAGAAUACGACUACUGAUCCACCAGCACGACCUUCAAAGUGUAACCUUUUGUCAACCCAGGGACAAGCUAAAGACCGAUGGUGCAAUACUAGUUUAGGAUUUACUAUUUAAAAAUGUAUUAGUGGGGCAAAAAAAACCCCAACAACAAUAAAUAACAAAACGGGGGAACCCUGCUGUUAGUCUUCUGCAUGGGGGUCGGCAAAACUGCCAAUGUUUUGGCCUCGUUUCAUUUCCGCGUAUUGUCAUGUGUGUUUGCCGUAGGCGUGAAUUCAACUGUUUGAGUUCAAAAACGUAUUAUUUCUUGUCUUUUUAUUUUGACCUUUGAGGCAUACUUCUGGGCGUAUUUGAAAAAUAUUAUAUUUUUACUUUUCUCUCUUUUUUUAGUCACCAUUUGUUACUGUGCCCAGUUAAGUGAUAAUGUAGUAGCGUUACAAAUGACUGUAUUAGAACUAAAUGUUCAGUAAACUCAUAUACAGUAGGAACAAAGUUCUACUAAAUCAGACUUAACAUAAAGAAAGAAACAAAAACAUUGUGGAAAAUGUCCCAUAAACCUUUAACAGAUGUUUUUUUUUAUGAGUUCCAAGAGUAUUUUAAAUGAAUGACAAUCAGCUCUACAGUAGGCUAUGUCAUAGGUCACUACACUGUUCCAUGCAAGGAUAGUUGACUGUAUUGUCUGUUCCUUAUGCUGUGUAAUUGUACUGUGCAUAGCCUGUAGUACUUGCAUGCUUGCUGUGCAGGCUGUAUCUGCUUUGACAUGAAAUAUGAAAUAUGCAAUAUUUAGACAACAGUGCAAUAAGCUUCAGAGUUGCAUUUGUAUGUAUGAACUUUAAUCCAAGUGCCAUGUUAUCUGUUACCUCCGAGUUGUGUUCAUUUUAGCUUCGAAAAUUCAGCAGAGAAACACGCUCUGAUUCGCAAUUUAUUCUUAUUUAUUAGUGUAGCUAGGUGAGAUGAUCAGUAUAUACCACCAGCAGACUGGUUUUAGAAAUUACUGUAGUGUAUACACUGUGUUGUAAUUAAAUGCGAUGUCAAACUGGCCCACAAAGAAUGCUGAAGUACCAAUGUGCAACACCUGCUUUAUAAACUCUUCUGACAAUCAAAUUUCUCCAGAAAGCAAAAGCGUUUUAAACAACUUCAGUAUUUUUUAGUACUUUAUGAAAUGGAACCACAUCGAAAAAAAGACCAAAGUAUCUGACAAAUAAGGUGUAUGUAAAUCCAUGUAUUUUGUUACUUGGUAGCCCUUUUUCAGUGUGGUAUAAUAACAGGUUGUUUUGUAAUCUUGUAUGACCUGCUUAUGACUGGCCUUGAUUUGUAAUUGGCUAUAUAGGAAUCAUGUAUAGUAUGUACAUACUGGAUGGCGUUUGAUAAAGAGACUGAUCUGGGUUUUGCAGGGCUUUGGUAUCAUUUUUACUGAGGUCUGUCUGGGGCUUUACUGUGUGUUCUUGCAUGUGUGCAUUAGGGACAUGGAAUUUUGUGGGAAAGGAAAAGAGAAUCUUUCAAUAAAAGGGA